AUGAAAUGGAAAAAUGUACUCAAAUGUGAUGUAUGGGAGUUGUAUGAGACACACAAUGAUGAGAUUCUUCCAGCUCUAUGGCUGAGUUACUACUUACCUUCAAACAUCAAGCAAUGUUUCGCCUAUUGCUCAAUAUUUCCCAAAGAUUCUGAAUUUGAGAAGAAACAACUCAUCUUGUUGUGGAUGGCAGAAGGUCUUUUGCAAAACAAGAAAGGGAAAUCAAUGGAGGAGGUUGGAGAGCAGUACUUUGAAGAUCUCAUAUCAAGAUCAUUCUUUCAAGAGACAAGUCAACAUAAAUCAAGUAAGGGUACAACAACUUUUCUUAUGCAUGACCUUGUACAUGAUUUAGCUUCAUUUGUAGCAGGUGAAUUCUGUUUUAGAUUGGAUGAUGAUAAUUCCUUGGAUAAUCUUGCAACCAAAACUCGUCAUUUGUCUUGUAUGACAUACAGUGAGAAAGUUGUUGGUUUAUCUAAAGCUGAAUCAUUGCAUACCCUUCUAACAAUUAAUGGAGGAGUGUUAUUGGAUUUGGAAUUGCAUGAAGUAUUGCCAACUCUAGGAUGCUUGAGAGUCCUUUCUGUAUUUAGAUCUUUCAAGCUGUCUGACUCCAUUGUUAGUGAUAAUGAGAGAAAACCUGGUUUUGCUAGCAUCAAAGAGUUAGGGGAGCUCCAUCAUUUGCAGGGAAAACUUCUUAUUUCUAGGCUUCAUAAUACAGAUAAUGUUGAGGAUGUUCUGAAGGCUAAUUUGAAAGAUAAGGAAGGAGCAUCUCAGUGA